AUGAUUUUAUCUCGAGCAAAACCAGCAAAUGACACGAGAGCGGGCAGUAGUGCUACGAAAAAGCAAUUUCCCGAACUGGAAGAUUUUCUUUUAAAAAGGGAUUACAGUGGGGCUAUAACUAUGCUUGAAUUCUUAGCACAUGAGGGCAAUACCUCCGAGUGGGUAGGAGUAUGGGUCGCCUGGUGCUGGUUCCACUUAGCCGAGUACCGACGAGCACUUGACAAGUAUUUGGAGCUUCGUACCAGAGACAAACUUGAUGCGAAGAUUGCUGAUAAUAUCGCGCUUGAUAUUGCUGUAUGCUAUUUUUAUUUGGGAAUGUAUAAGGAGUCGCAAGAAACGAUAGAAGCGGCGCCGAAAUGUGCGCUAAAGAAUCGUCUACAGUUCCACCUAGCGCAUAAACUGGAAGAUGAAGAAGCUUUGAUGGGUGCGCACGCAACGCUUCGCGAUGUCCCUGAAGACCAACUUAGCUUGGCCUCUGUACACUACCUACGUGCUCAUUACCAGGAGGCUAUAGAUGUUUAUAAGAAACUACUUCUGGAUAGACGUUAUAAAAGAUAUGAGUCGGGCGAUAUGGAAUGGAUCAAAGUUUUGGCACAUUCGUCUUGUACAUACAUGGCUCUAAAUGUGUAUGUGGCAUUAUGCUACUACAAGUUAGACUACUACGACGUGUCGCAGGAAGUUCUCGGAGUCUACUUAACGCAACAUCCUACAUCUACAAUUGCAUCAAACUUAAAAGCUUGCAAUCUUUUCAGAUUGUACAAUGGAAAGUCGGCAGAAACAGAACUAAAGCAAAUAUUGUCAGAGCAACACACUUUUGGGCAAGAUCUAGUAAAACAUAAUUUGGUUGUAUUUAGAAAUGGGGAAGGAGCGUUAAAGGUCUUACCAGAGCUCGUAGAUGUAGUACCGGAAGCCAGACUAAACCUAGCUGGUUAUAGACUACGUCACCGUGAACCACUGGAGGCAAGGGAGUUGUUGGAACCACUGCAACCCACCUCGCCAUUGCACUAUAUCUUGCGUGGUGUUAUUGCUGUGCGAUUGUACAACGAUACGGGCGAUGAGGAACAAAUGAAGCUAGCACAGCAGAGUUUCCACCUAGUAGGCAGUUCCGCAUCAGAAUGCGACACGAUUCCCGGAAGACAGUGUAUGGCCUCUUCAUAUUUCCUGGCGGGACAAUUCGAAGAAGUCCUGGUCUAUCUGAACUCCAUUAAAAGUUUCUUUGUCAAUGAUGACACUUUCAACUUCAAUUAUGCCCAGGCAAAAGUAGGAUCCGGGUUAUAUCGUGAAGCUGAAGAAUGUCUUAUUCAGAUCCAAGAUGAGGGCAUCCGUAGCUCCUUUACAUAUUUAGCAUGUUUAUGUCGAUGCCACGUUAUGAAUAAGGAAGCGCAUCUCGCAUGGGAACUAUGUGUUAAGUCCGCUGGUACUCCAGACAGCUUUGCAUUACUUCAGCUAGUAGCUAAUGAUAGCUUCAGGAUGGGACAAUUUCUAGUCGCUGCUAAGGCUUUUCACAUGUUGGACAGACUAGACGGCGGCCCCGAGAUGUGGGAGGGACUACGUGGUGCAGUGUGUGGAUGCGCACAAGCGGCCGCUGCUAAUAAGCCUAAUUCCACUUCAGACCUUCGCGAAGCUCUAGCCCUUAUAAGAGGACCUCGCGCACACCCAAGAGCAGACCACAUCGCUAGACCAAUAACGAAAUGGGCACAACAAAAUCGAAUACCCGUUUAG